AUGUCCACCAGCAAUGUGUCACCGGAAACCAGCGCUGUGCAAGAAAGCGCCACUGCUCAUGGAGCAACCCGGCCUCCUGAAGACGUUGAUACUCGCUGGAGCGUAGCCGUGGCAGCGUCGUUCAUCGCUUUCUUCACUGUAGCCUCGUCAUCCAAUCUGGGGUUCUUCUUCGUAUACUUUCUAGAAGAGUUCCACACGACACGGGAAAAAGCAUCCUGGCCAGGCAGCGUCCUUCAAAUUAUGGGACACGUGUCUGGAGCGGGAAUGGGAAUCGUGAGUGUCGCAGUGAUUGUUGCCCUCAUGACUCACUUCGACAAGUACCGAGGAGUGGCUGCCGGCUUUAAGUACACGGGCAACACCAUGGCAACACUAUUAUUGCCGAAGUUUCUCUCGUGGCUGCAAGAGCUGUUUUCCUUCAGGGGAACACUGUUAAUCUAUGCGGCGCUGAUUAUGAAUGCAACGGCCUUCACUAUCUUUCUCAAAGAUCGCAAAAUAGUGACGAAUGAAAAGCUGAGGAGCCAGUCAAAUCAGGAGGAAUUUCUUAAAGGAGUCAAAGUGGGUGUCUCAGCAAAAAAUUCACCUGUGGUUGAUCAUAACGGUAGAUGUUUAGUAAACUGGAAACCCAGGGGCGCUUGCGAAAAGAACCUUAAUGACACCGCAGAAACCUCGUCUCUGCGAGUUCACCACACGGACUACUCGACUUGUCACUCACCAGGAAAAGCUGAAAAGCCCGAACAUGUGACACCGGAGAUAAUUACUGCUUCAAAGUAUGAUAUAGUGAAAAUCCUUCAAGCGGGUGACGUGCACAGGACUUGUCACUCCGCCCAAGAACUUGGAAUUGUGGUUGCAAAACACGAGCAGGAUUUCAGCAACGAAGGCGCGCUACCGGAUCUAAUAACCAAGGCUGAAGAAAAGAAAAAGGACUGCGGCAAGUGGCUAAGACGACCAAGUGGUAAUAAAGAAAAGCAGUCCAAGCGUAUUUUUAUAGAGAAGAACGUUUCUCGAAAAGAAAAGCAUGACGUAAACACUGGUACUGCUCAUGAAGAAACAACUGCAGAUCGGCGAUUGCCAGAUCCAUCGCACCAACCACGUAUUUGCCAUAGUGGUACUUUAGAGCUACUUUCGAAACCCACCUUCUAUGUGCUCGUCCUUGGAGCCGUGGCCGCUGACUACACGGUUCUCGUGGUGCAUGGCACUGUUAUCGACUACGCGUUGGACAAAGGCGUUGAACGGAAGAGUGCGGAACUGUCGAUGACCUAUUGCGCAGGGACCGAACUUAUGGGACGUUUGCUUCUUCCCUUAGUGGCUGACUUCCGAUUUGUCGGACGCACCAAUCUAGUCGCACUCUGCUUCGUCGCAAUGGCGGUCAUGUCAUUGGCACUGCCCUUUACUGCAUCCUUCUUGAGCUACAUCAGCGUGCAGGUGACAGCGGCACUUUUCCUGGCGUGCGUCACAACCUUCAAGGGAGUUCUUGUGGCUGACAACUUUGGUGCCAAAGCAGUGCCCACAUUCUGGGGAGCCAAUGGUCUUGCCUUGAUUCCACUCCUUUCAGGAAAUCCAUUCAUAACAGGGCUUUUCCGGGACACGAUGGGAUCGUACGACAACCUUCUGAGACUACUUGGUGGCAUCCAGCUGUUCACGGCCGCUGCGUUUUUCACACUCGCAUACGUACAAAAAAGACGAAGUAAAAUGAGUUCGUAG